AGCAGCUCCAGAUCAACACCAGCAGCAGCACCAGACAGCAUCCUGCAGCCGGGAUCUGAGCACCAUGAGCGAGAGGACAGUGGGCACCGGGGCCGCCAGUGUUUCUGUGCUACACUGGUUACUGAGAUGAAUGGUAACUCUAUCAAGCAGACGUCGAGCAGCACAGCGCCCCCUUGUGGCUGGAGGGAGUUUUGUGAGCUUCACGCGAGUGCCACGGCGCGAGAGCUAGCGCAGCAUUACCGCCGUUUCGCCAGGACCACAGCGCCUCACGAUGUCGUGUCGCCCGAGAAGUUCGGCAAGCACUUCAGCGCCGCCUUCCAGCUUCACUUCUGCCACGAGGUGGCCAAAGAAGAAGCUCCGACGCCGCCCAUGAGCCGCCGGGCGCUCGUCACCUCCGGGGUGCUGGACUACCGGGAGGCGGGGCGGCCGAGCAGCGGCGCCUCCUUCGCUAUAUGGGUGCCUAAACAGGAGCGGGAACAGCCGCCGCAGGCCGCCACUACACACCGGGGUCAGGGGGCUCACGCUCCGGACUGUCCCCCCGCCCCCCACACCUCGCCCUUCACCUCGCGGGUCAACGUCCUGUCCAAGUUCGGGAGAAGCGUCCGCCGCCUCUUCAGGAAACGCUCCACGUCCGACGACUCCGCCCAGGACGGCUCCGUGGACGAAUCGGAGCGGCUCAGAGGCGGCGGCGCGGAGGCAUCGGAACACUCCGCCUCACUCCUCUGUCAGAACGUAGCGGCGGCGGCGGCGCCCUCCGGUGGCUUCAGACUGCGGAACCCGUUCCUCCGGAGCUGCCUGAGAACCAAGAGCACGAAGGCGUGGCCCGAGAGAGGGAGCCCGUGUAAGGAGGGUCACCUGCGCUACCUGGAGGUGGACGACACCAGUUCGGAUGCGACCCCGCACUGGAAGCGCUGCCGCCUGCUGGUCCGGAGGGCGGCCGACAGGUUCGAGCUGGAGCUGUACGACCCCCCCAAGGGCUCCAGUCCCAAACUGAGAACGCGCUGCUCUGAUAUACUGGAGCUCCGACCCUGCCGCCGACUGGAGAUGCCUGAUAACAUCAACACCUUCGUCUUAAAGGUUAAUCAGUGUGCUGGGAGUCUGAUAUUCGAGGCUGAUGAUGAGCAGCAGCUGAACUCCUGGACCACAGAACUGAGGAGCUGCAUCAGCACCAGAUCUGACGGUGUAGAUGCAGAGCUGAUCUGUUUUCCUGUAGCUGAGUCUGUAGCAGCAGUACAGAGAGAAAGCACCGAGUCCAACACCCAGGCUGCUCCCGGUUUCACUCUGCCGGAGCAGGGCUACCACAAGACGCAUCACUUCCUGUCCUCUUACCCAUGGUUCCACGGGCCCAUCUCACGCGUACGUGCAGCGUACCUGGUGCAGCACGCAGGGGUCAGAGGUCACGGUAACUUCCUGGUGAGGCAGAGCGAGACGCGCAGGGGGGAUUACGUCCUCACCUUCAACUACCAGGGUAGAGCCAAGCACCUGCGCCUGUCUCUGACUGAUUGGGGUCAGUGUCGGGUUCAGCACCUCCGUUUCUCCUCCGUGGUCGACAUGCUCUCACACUUCCGCGUCUGUCCCAUCCCGCUGGAGUGUGGGGCGGCGUGUGACGUCCUGCUGGCCAAUUACGUGCUGGCCACACCCGUCCAUUCAGGGUCGUGUUCUUCAGCAGGUUCUCCAGUGUUGGUUCCGUUCUCACGCUGCAGUUCAGAACCCAGUCUGGCUCACCUGGGACUCGAAGCGCCCGCCGGCGUCACCUCACCCGUGGGGGCCUCCUCGGGCCCCGCUCUCCCACCGCGCUCCGCCCCGGGCCCCGCUCAGGGCCCCUCCUUCGUCCUCCACCGCAGCGAGUCUGUGGGGCGGCGGACUCUCCUCCGACACCCGAACCCCCUCCCCCCGCUCCUGCACAGCCGGGACUCUGAUUACGAGCUGGAGCCGCUCAGCAGGGGCCACAAGAGGGCCAUCGAUAACCAGUACAUGUGCUUAUGAACCGCGGGGACGCACAGAAACACAGGGCCGGCGGGGGGCGCCAGAGAGGCCGGGACGCCGCACGAGUGCACGGGGAGAAACGCCACGCCCGCUGUGAGGUUCGGACGGGUCCAGAGAGGAGCAGAUUCAGCACUGACACACCCGACCACGCCCACCGUGAACGCUCCUCUGAUCCACUCACUGCUAGCAAAGUGUUAAGUGUCCUUUACUAACCAACACCAGCACAGACUGACCAGUUAACUAACACCAGCUAACUAACACCAGCUAACUAACACCAGCUAACAUCACUGUGUCGUACCUGUGUGUGUGUGUGUGUGUGUGUACAGGUGUGUGUGUGUGUAUGAUUGUGUACAGGUGUGUGUGUGUGUGUGUGUGUGUGUAUGAUUGUGUACAGGUGUGUGUGUGUGUGUGUGUGUGUAUGAUUGUGUACAGGUGUGUGUGUGUGUGUGUGUGUGUGUGUGUGUGUGUGUAUGUGUGUAUGAUUGUGUA